AUGUCGGGUAGAUUUUAUCAUGGUAAUCCUAAUCGCGACAAUAAAGUUUGGGUUUAUCCACAAAAUAAACCAUUGAUAAAUUCCCGAUUGGAUACUUACAAUGCAAAUGGUUUAUAUAAUAAUUAUACUUAUGUUGGACUGGGUGCUGGACCCAAAAUACAGGCAUAUCCAUACAAUGGUCAUAAAAAUGCAUCAGUUGGUGGUACUGCUCAACAUUUAGUUAUUCAGGAAGAAGCUUGCUGA